UCUAUUCCGUCAGUUGAUAACAGGACCUGGAGUACACUAGACCCAACCUUACAUAUAUCCAUCUUAGAUACGCAAUAUUUGUUGCAGUUGUCUUUAUUACAAUACAAGGAAAUCGACUAGAAUCAUCAAAGACACAAUUCAAUCCAACCCAAUCAUGUAUUUCCUGAUCUUGUUCCUGAUUGGUUGCAUCAAAACAACAGAAUCCGCAGUUGCCAUUGGACUAUCCAGCGUUCAUCCAAGUUACCCUGGUUCUUGUAUUGAUGAUGUGACCGGAAACCCCCAUGCACUGGGCAGUAGCUGGCCUAUACCUGAUACUUGCGGUCAGCAGACCUGUAUUCUUAGAGGAGACACUCUCUAUAUAUCUUACGAAUCCUGCGGAUAUUCUCAGGCUUUCCCUCCUUGUUACACAGUACAGAAUAUGAGUCUGACCUACCCAGCUUGCUGCCCUAGGGUCAUCUGUGAACCUGUGGAGAAGAAUGAAAUUGAUAUCGACGACUACGGACACUAUGAGGACCCUGUACAAGACGGAGACCACCUGUACAUGAUGUCCAGCGACGACCAUCAUAUUGUUCAGUACGAUUCACACGUCUACGAUACCAUGGAUCUUCCUGCCGGAGCUAACCCUGAGGAUUAUAUGGUGGACUGGGAUACGCUCUUCCAAACAUUCGAUAAAUAGAUUCUUUAUCAAUCAUCAUCCAUUUUUCAUAAUUCAUUCUAUCCUACCUCCCCCACCUACAAGGAGAUUCAUUCUGGAAGAAACCCUGAAUAUUGUAAAAUAUUAUUAAAUACAAAUGUUGUACAAAGAUAAAUUUGUAAAUAUAUAAAUUAAUAAUUUUA